UGAUUAAGCAGGCGACCAUCACCGCCUCAAGCCUUUGUAUCAGACUCGGCAGCCUGACAACGCCUGGGUCUGCCGACUGAUUCAUCAUGUCGUUGGCCUCCGUCUCGGUCGAUCUCACGUCGCUGGCCCCUCAACUCAUCGCUGGCGCCAGCAGCAAGAGCUUGGUCAAGAGCCAAGGAAGCAGUGCAGGUGCAAUUUCGGCGGUCGAGCCACCCGGCUUUGUCACUCCCAGCUCGCAGGGAAGCGGCAAGAGCAAGCAGAUCAAGCCUCGAGCACCUCCUUCGCCCGAAUCUCUUGUGGCUCUCAAGUCCAAAAAGGCGUGGGAUGUAGCUCUGAGCCCGGCAAAGAGCUUGCCCAUGAACGCAUUCAUGCUGUACAUGAGCGGUUCGGGCGUGCAAAUCUUCAGCAUGACCGUCGUCGGCAUGCUUCUCACAAGUCCAAUCAAAGGCGCAAUGACGAUUGGUCAAGCAUUUGCACCCCUGUCUUCGCCCGCAUCUCAAGGCAUCAAAGGAGCGCCAGAGGAGCAAUCCCUGCUCCUUCAAAAGGUCGUCUUCAUUCUCGCCCAAGCGUUGUGCUUUUCUUUGGGAGUGUGGAAGUGCGCUAGCAUGGGACUGUUGCCGACGCAGAGCAGCGACUGGCUUGCUUGGAGGGAAAGCAGGACUCCACUCGAAUUUUCGCCAAUGUACGCGUAGAUUCACUGAUGCACACGUAGAUGGAUGGGGAUACCACGUCACACCCUGUCACCGCGCCGAUGCAGCGCAAUCACACAUGCCUGCGACCAAGCGCAGCGUCGCGAUCACAGCUGCAGCCUAUGUCCAAUCAAUACAUGUAUCAAGACUUCAUACACGGACCGAGACAGCAGUCUUUGCCAGCGCUCUUGGGAAUGUACAUUGGACGUCAGGAUGGUCG